CACCAACAGAAAAAUGUAUUUGAUGGAACUGUGCCUGUGAAUAUGUAUGUAAUAUAUGGAAAGCUAGAUAUUGGUUGUGUAUUAUUUCAGGUCCUCAAACUCUUUCCCUUCAGUGGUCCAGCAGGGCCUCUUACUCACAUAUAUUUUGUUGGGUUUUUUUCCCUUCAAAACUUAGAAGUAUAUGGAAAUGUAGUGUUGAUGGGUAUUUACAGGUGUCUAUUCUAAAUUUUAUUGAACAGCCUUUUAAAAUCUAAGCUGGUUUGUAUUAAUGAAAAUUUUUAAAAAUCUUUUUACAUACAGAGUUUUCCAUCCGAUGAGGGCUGGCCAUUUGCAAAGUACUUAGGAGCAUGCGGAAGAAUGGUGGCUGUCAAUUACGUUGGAGAAGAGCUGUGGAGUUAUUUUAAUGCACCAUGGGAGAAACGAGUUGAUCUGGCCUGGCAAUUAAUGGAAAUAGCGGAGCAGCUGACAAAUAAUGACUUUGAAUUUGCACUCUACCUCCUUGAUGUCAGCUUUGACAACUUUGCAGUUGGACCAAGAGAUGGGAAAGUUAUCAUUGUAGAUGCAGAAAACGUUCUGGUAGCAGACAAAAGGUUAAUCAGACAGAAUAAACCUGAAAACUGGGAUGUAUGGUAUGAAAGCAAAUUUGAUGACUGUGAUAAAGAAGCCUGUCUGUCCUUCUCAAAAGAGAUUCUUUGUGCUCGUGUCACUGUGGACCACAAUUAUUACGCUGUUUGUCAGAACCUUUUAUCAAGACACGCCACAUGGCGUGGCACUUCUGGAGGACUACUUCAUGACCCCCCAGCUGAAAUUGCCAAAGAUGGCCGACUUGAGGCCUUGCUGGAUGAGUGUGCCAACCCAAAGAAGCGAUAUGGUAGAUUCCAAGCUGCAAAAGAACUGCGUGAAUACCUUGCACAAUUGAGUAACAAUGUGAGGUAGUCCACAGUGAAAAUUUUUUGCAACACUGGCUGAAAUACUAUUGCAAAGACACAUAGAAAAUGAAGUUUUGAACUUAUGUAUUAAAAAGAGAAAAUAAU